AUGCUACCACAUGAGAAGGAAAAAUUCGAUCAAGUAGACUGUAAUUUUGGAUCAAGAUAUUGGUUACCGGUACAAUGGGCACUUUCUGUUGUUCAUACUUCCCGUCGAGAACAACUAAUUGACAGUGACUACUAUUGUGAACGCAUUUGUGAGGAAAUUAGAUGCUUUCGGAAUAAUUUAGCUAAUUUAUGCAAAUUUGAUUGGGUACCGUUACCGUUAGCAUAUCCUCAAUUAGUGUACCUGGCAGUACAUUUGCAUCGAUGGUUUCCGUUGACACCGGCCAUACAAUUCUUUUUUUACAUGGCUUGGACAAAAGUUGCAAUGGUGCUUAUCAAUCCAUUUGGUGAAGAUGAUGAUGAUUUUGAAACAAAUGCACUUAUUGAUCGAAACUUCAAAGUCGGGAUGAAAAUUGCAGACGGUAUAAGCGAUGAUGUACCGAAACAGUUGAAGGAUUCAUUUUGGAAUCGUAGUGUUGAAGCAUUAUACAGCGAACAAUCUAUUAGAAUUAAUGAAAGACAAGAUGGUUUAGUGGGUUCAGCUACGAAAUUUGCGGAACCAUGUGAUGUGAAACAAGUAUUGAUGAUACCGUUAAAACGAAAUAGUAUAGGCAGCAUCAGUAAUGGUAGCUAUCCACUGUGUGUAAGACAACGAUCACAGCGACAAAGUUUUACAGAUGAUGGAAAAUAUAUGUCUCGAUUCGCAUGUGAAGUUCAAAAUCCAAUUUCGCUUUACAGUACCCUCGAAGAACAUGCUGCACAUAAAAACACAUGGUCAUUGGGUCAUGAUAAAAAGUCUUCAAUUUCUGUCCCAUUAAAUGAAAAGCUAUGCCACGCGAAUCAGAGUUAUAUAAUGGACGUACAAGUAACGGACGACCCAUCAAAACAAAAUGACAUUGCCGGAAAAUUGAGUCUUUUACAAACACCAGAGAUCACGCAAUAUGGAAAACAGGGAAGAAAUACAUCAAAUCAUCUGAUGACAGAUGAAAAUAAAGAUGAUGACAGUUUUGAGCAAGUUGCAAAAUUGUAA